UAUUGUAUUGUUGUAGAGUGACAAAGUGUUUGGAUAGAAGAAAACACAAAAUUGAACCGCAAAAUGUGAGAGGUUGAACUAGUUGCAAGUCAUGCUAUUUACAUUAAUUGGUGAACGGCACUGACUUCAGUUACCUGUUCAGACCGUCUAAUCCGAUAAUAAGUUUGAUUCCCAAUCCUAAACACUAACUGUGUGAAUAAUAGCAUCCCAAACCAAAAUAUUAACGCAAACAUGCUGUUCAAACACAAUUCGCUCACCUUCACUCUUAAUUUACCAUCACACCCCACUGCUGAUGAUUGAUUUCUUCAGGAAAGGAGGAAGGCCAGCAUCCAGCAGCGGUUUAAUCCCAUUCAUAAUUUGCUCUGAUGUCGUUGUUGUUGCAGGAUCUCAUUUUAGCAGGCAUCAGCACAGUCAUGCUACCUCUUGCCGGCAUUUCCACGUAGGCCCCCAGGCCCAAAUCCCUGUUGAUUUCCCAAUGCCCCAUCCAGGACAAUCUCAGACAGGAAUGAGCCAUCACCUUGGCCCCGCGCACCAGCCAGCCGCGGCGUUACAUCCACCCCUCAACCACAUACCAGCACCACCGUUCCAGGACAUCCCGGCCCCACCCUUCCUACCUCAGGCUUUACACCAGCAAUACCUCAUCCAGCAGCAGAUCCUGGAGGCCCAGCACAGGAGGAUACUUCCACAGCCCAGCAGACAUGCUCCAGACCGAACCCUUCCCCAUCCGCAGAUGCUGCGGCCGCCGUAUGAAUACCCUCCAUCCAUUCACAUCCCCCCGCAGCCGCGCUACCUUGCCGAAGGAACAGACUGGGAUCUUAGUGUGGAUCCAGGCCUGCCGCAGUACCACGUCUCUCCCCUCACUCAACAUUAUCAGCAUUACUUGACCUCUCCACGACUGCACCACUUCCCCAGGAACACCACCUCGGCACAAGUGGUUGUCCAUGAGAUCAGAAACUACCCAUAUCCUCAGUUACAUCUGCUGGCUCUCCAAAGCCUCAGUCCGUCUCGCCAUGCGUCUGCUGUGCGGGAGAGUUACGAGGAGCUCCUGCAGUUGGAGGACAGACUGGGUAAUGUGAACAGAGGGGCUGUGCAGACCACCAUCGAGAGGUUUACCUUUCCUCACAAGUAUAAAAAGAGGAGACCUCUAGAGCUGAAGAUCGGCAUGGAUGAAGAGGAGCUCGACACGGAUGAGAAAUGCACAAUAUGCCUCUCGAUGCUUGAAGACGGAGAGGACGUGAGGAGAUUACCCUGCAUGCACCUCUUCCAUCAAGCUUGUGUUGACCAGUGGCUGGCAACCAAUAAGAAGUGUCCCAUCUGCAGGGUAGACAUUGAGACGCAGUUGUCCCCCGAUAGCUGAUGUCUCGUGUAGCACUAGCUAUAAAGUCCUGUCGUAUUUCUUCGUCCCCUCGUGGGCACUUUGCCAAAUGUGUGUCAUCUCCAUCACCUCUCACCUCUGACCUUUGCCUUCUGAGCCAACUGACGAUGUAGAACGGGGAAGACGAAAAGCGCUGAAGACAGAGUCCAGCACAUGGAGAAGAACGAGUCUGUCGAUGAAGAUGGUUUCAGUCAAAGUGCUCUGCAUGUGUGCGUGUUUAGGACGGCAAAUGCCGCUCCGAACGUCUCUGAAUGAUCUCAAAUGAAGACCAACCAAAUGUUCUCAGUGUUCAGUAGGUCACGGAUGAAGCAUUACAGCAUGAACGCCACAAAGUCCGACACAUUACACGUGGUUGGUCAUGAACUUUAAACGUAGUUGAACGAAUCAUUUGUGGAAAAAAAACAAACAACGGGAAUCAAAGUCAUUGGCGAAUGAGAGAAGCGUAAGAGUAGAACAAUGACCCUGUGUUUAAAUAAGCUCCGUCGUCGUGUCUGUGAUUAUCGGAGGUGAUGCUUGACGUCCGUAUGUAACCGUAAGGCCAAGCUUGAUAUGAACCGUGACAGUCCGCAUUUUGUGCUCGUGAUGCCUCCGACACUUAGAAACGUAUCCACCACCAAAUGCAUGUUGAAGCGAGAGGCCGGGGUUCUUCUGACGAGGGGUCGACGUGCAUGAGGAUGUUUCCCGCGCGAUACUCUACUAAUCCUGAAGACACUGUGUUCUCGAUGCGUCUCCGAAGUCACCACGAGUGAAAUAUGUACCUUAAUGCCUGUAGCACAAGCACACGUUGAAUAGUAACGGCAUAACUCGGUGUUUCCAUUCGCUCUGUGACGCGUGGUCGUAAAGCAGCAUCUGUAAAGUCAUAAUGUGCAUGAAAUCUGUUUGCUGCCAUUUCUAGAGGACAUGACAAGGGAGUAAAGCCAUUUGUUUUAUAGAAACCAAACAUAACUUUUCUAAGCUGUACUUCAUUAUCACUCUUCCUCGUUUGAUUCCAGGUUGCCAACCUGUGUGCGGGGCUGGUACAGCUUCUCGACAUAAGUAGCUGCAAUGCUG